UUUGGUAUAUAAAGAACGAAUUUUGUAAAAUUUUUCAAAAAGUGGAAAUAAGUUUAUUCAUUCUCGAAAAUAAAAGUAAAAAUGAAUCAUGGCUGGCCUCUUCUAAUUUUUAUUCUUCACUGUACUUUGACAGCAAUAUUGUUGAAGGGUACAAUCUGGAAUCACAAUGACAAGACAACUACCACCACAACCACCGAAGAACCUAAGCGUACGUCAACAUCAUCAUCAAGAGAAAGGGAAGGUGCAGAAAUUAAACCAACAACAGAAAAAAGUGUAACUACCAGCACAACUACUACCACAACCACCGAAGAACCUGAUUAUGGUGAUUAUGAGGAUUAUGAUGAUAAUGAUAUUGAAGAAGAUUAUAAUGAAGACAAUGAAGUUAAAGAACCGCCUUCGCCCAACACUCCCAAUCAGCCAGAAAAUAAGAAAUAUGAUGUAGAUUUAAUGUCACAUUUUAAGAUUGCGACUAAAUUCUUUAGAAUAAUUAAAAAUCUAUUUGAAUGUAAGAAAACACCAGAAAACGAUAAUACACCAAUUGCUGAAUCAAAUAUUCCACUAGUUUUGGAUUUACUAGUUGAGAGUGUGCAAAGAAAUGUUCAAAAAAAUUAUAAAUCACCUUUGAAAAAUCCUUAUAUAAAUAUAACGCAAGAGAUAAUAAAAUUAAUGCCAAAAGACUGUGGUGCACACAGAGUUAAAAAUAAUGAAACAGUUUUUAAACUUUGGAAAAUUAUCAAAAGAUAUAAAAAAAAUUUUCCAACUCAGAAUGAUAGCGUUGAAUACGCAAAAUGCUAUGCAAGCUGCCUUGCUAAAUUAAAUGACAUAAGAAAAGAACUUGUUAAAUUUAACUUGGAAAGUCGUACUGGUUCCAGAAGGGAAUUGAACAAGUAUUUAAGUGGACAACGACUCGGAAUUAAGGGUUGUAGAAAAUUGAAGAGUGGACCAGAGACAACUGCCAGUACAACUAUUACCACAACCACCAGAAAACCUAGGCGUACGUCACCAUCAUCAAGAGAAAGGGAAGGUGCAGAAAUUAAACCAACAACAGAAAAAAGUGUAACUACCAGCACAACUACUACCACAACCACCAAAAAACCUCAGCAACGUAAUUCAGAUAGUACUGCAAUAAAUAUAUUAAAAUUAAUUGAUUUACUUAAGGGGUAAGGCCACUGUAAACGCCAAAAAAAAAAAACAGUUUUCAAGAACCGAACAAGCGUUAGCGAGUGAGGUGUAUGUCGCUUGUUACUUUAUUAAUUGGUGGCGGAAAUAAUAUAUGGGAUAAUUAUUGUAUUUUCUUAAUAAUAGUGAAGGUUUACAAUACUUGAUCAUUUUAUUGUCAA